AUGGCUAAACUCUUAGCCACCAUAAAGGCUAUUAUUACCCGGAUCAUUUUCAGUACCCAUGGUUUUAUUGCCAUUUGGCAAGUGACACAAAACACCAAGGAUCCGCUAUACUGGUGCCUUUGCGCUCCAAUCGGAGUGUUGUUCGUGGAGGGCAUUUUCACACUAGCCAUUAAGAAGAAUCAAGAAUGGCGUUGGUUCUGCCCGUCGGUCUUCAUCUAUUUGUCAACCAUUGUCCCAGCGAUUUGGUUGCUCGAGUUGGAUAAACUGGAGAAGCGAACGAUGUAUCAGGACCAGAUUCUAAAUGAAACAAUUAACUUUGCGGCAACCGUCGGUAAAGAUUUGAAAGAUCUGAACAAAAUGCUGGGUGUGAAAAUUCAGAUACCGGAAAUUCACCUGAGUGCUGAUACGUGGGUCACGUUGAUCGAACAGUUUCUGAUGCUGGUGCUGAUAAUUGGUCGCUGGAUGUUACCGAAGGGAGACCUAACCAGAGAUCAGCUUAGCCAGUUGUUGCUAGUCUACAUCGGAACCGCAGCCGACAUAAUCGAAUUUUUCGAUUCAUUUAAGGACAGUAAAAUUGCUAACGAACCGGUCCUGGUGCUGCUAACCUUGAGCAUUUGGUCAUGGAGUUUGCUGCAGUUUACGAUUGUCCUAUCGGCUACCCGUGCUCGAAAACCACGUGGCGGUGGAAGCAGCGCCCACCAGGAAGAGGACACCAACUGCUGUAACGUUUCGUGCUGCAACAUCGAUGUUUGGGGAAUCGCACUGAACAUUUUACUACAAGAUGCCCCCUUUCUCACCUUCCGCUUGCUGAUUAUCAUUCAUUACAGAAUCAUCACCUACAUGAACAUAUUUUUCACAUGUAAGAAUACAUUAGUAAUUCUAUUACAACUUUAUCGUCUGUAUGUGGUGCACUCGGAGAACCGGAAGGCGGCCGCAAAACUUCUAAGGAAAAGGGACAAGCCCAGCUCAAAGCCGCGCAAGAUGACCAAUCGAAGGAAAGUGGCCGACUUGGACGAAGAUGAGAUCCCCGAGAUGCGGAAGCACAAACAACAUCGCAAGCCGACGAGUUCGGCUUCGAAGACGCGCAAAGACACUGGAUAUUCAACGGCCAGCAGUCAAACAGCGAACGAACAACAGAGGAAAAAGACACGCGGUGGAGGAAAGGAGACAUCCGUUACAAAAAGAGGCCGUAAUGAGGAUGGAUCUCAGAUGACCAUUAAACAUGACGGCUGUAGGAAAGGAAAAUCGAAAAGAUUGCCGGCUUCCAACACCGAUCCAGACGAUGUAACCGAUAACGACGGGCAGAAUGUGACCGGAAACAAGCAGAAAUCGGAUCGAUACGGGAAGGUUCAUUCGGGAGCGACGAGUAACAGGAAAGAGCACCAUCGGAAUGGCGACAGUCACCGCAAUGGCAGAAGUCGAAAGCCGGUUAAGUGUUUCGAUUACAGUGGAAGUGAUGAUGAUUAUAAUGAAGACGUUGAAGCGCCCCCCGAAGCAACAGCAAAAGGGCAGAGCCGUAACGAUGGAAACGACACUAGUGAGGUCGAAACAGUACACGAGAAAAGUGUCAUCCGGUCGAAAAAAGCACCACCACCGGAAUCAUCGAGUCGGAAGAUGUUACGAGUGGAUCCCUCGUCUGGUUCUUCCGAGUGA